GCUGGAAAGAAGCGCAAUAGCAGCAGCAAGCCAGCAAUUCGGCCGCGCUGGUGGUGAUACACUGAUACAAGUAACGUACGCCUAUACUCUGGCUUCGCAUACACCUAGCAACUCUCCAGUUGAAACGUAUGUGCACCUCUCCUCCCCCGGCUUAUAUUUCCCUCGCUCCCACAAUCACAUUCCCAAAAAAGUCAUUCAGUAUACUCCUCCGGGCUCUACUCGUGUUCCUUUAAACCAGAAAACAUCCUCUUCUGGUUACAUCAUGGACUAGUUGCAUAUUGGUGUUCCUUUGAACCACGGAAGAUCCUCUACUACUUGUAUACUCCACCGGGCUCUCCUUUAAUUUCACGCAAGAAAUUUAAAGAGAGAUGGAUAACAAAGGCAAAUCCAAGGCCGUUGACGAUUACGUGCGAACGGCGUCCCAUCUCCAUCGUGGCAGCGGGAUAGACUGGGGCAAAGAGAUAUGGGAGGACGAUGCUACUACCACUGCUCUUGGCGGCUCUCAACGUGACAGGAGCCUUUUCCUUGACAUCUUACAGGCACAGGAUGAUCCAAAGAGCGAAGUGUCAACUCCACAUAAUCAGAAGUUGCCCCAAAUUGGCGACACAUACAUAGAUCCAUUUCAGCAUGUGAACUCCUCUGCCUCUACGAACAGUGUAGUCAAGGAUUAUACUGAGCCACAUUCCCAAAUUCCACUAACGAAUAUGGAUAUCGUUGAAGAUUUGCGUGCACGAUCAUCAUCAUCUUCUUCAAGGAGAGCACCUAGCAGGUUUGCUAAUAUGAUGGCGAUGCAGGAGGCAUGCCUCCGUGCGUUGAUUGACCCAGAUCAGGAAAUACCCUGCAGACUAUGGCGUCAGUCCCCCGAGGCUUUGAAGAAUCACUAUGCUCUUGAUAUUGAGAUGGCAUAUUCUGAGGGCCGUGUGCCAAGUGUAAAUGCUCCUGGGAACUCUGAGUCCAAUUCACUUCUUCAGCUGAUCAAGAACCCAGUAAACCAGUCAAUGCGUCUCAUUAAUAUCAAGGGCCACGUACCUGCUCUCAGUGCUGACCCAAUUGGGAGCUACUUUAUACAGAAGAAACUUGACGAAGCAACUACUGGAGAGAUAGUUAUGCUAUAUAACGAAAUCACGCCGCACAUCCUUACACUGGCCACUGAUGCCUUUCCCACUUAUGUUAUCCAAAAGCUUCUUGAGCACGGACCACCAGUCUACUUCAGGAUACUCAUUGCUAAUCUAAUGGGGCAUGUGUUAGACCUAAGCCUUAAUCUCUAUGGCUGUCGGGUGAUCGAGAAGGCUUUUGAAAUAAGCGAUAUUGAUCAAAAACUAGAGAUGGCCAAGGAGCUUGAUAGCAACCUAGUGAGAUGUGUUUGUGAUCAAUAUGCAAACCAUGCCGUUCAAAAAUGCAUGGAGUGUGUGCAGCCACAGUAUAUCCAUUUCAUCUAUAGGCGGUUAUGUGGGAAGGCCAAGAUGUUAUCCACCCAUCCUCUCGGAUUCGUUGUCAUUCAGAAAAUGCUGGAGUUCUGCAAGGAUCCUCAAAUUAUGGGCAGGUUUAUCACGGAGAUUCUUGAUUGUGUAAAGGAGUUGUCGAUGGACCCAUAUGGAAACUACGUUGUGCAGUACAUUUUGGAGCAUGGAGGACCUCGUCAUCGACAAAUUAUUGUGUUGAAAUUUGCUGGGAAAAUAGUACACAUGAGCCACCAGAAGCACUCUUCCAAAGUAAUCCAGAAGUGCCUACUCUAUGGCGGCUACCAGGAUCGCAAGAUUGUCAUAACUGAAAUCCUUUGUGCAGGUGGUGGUCAAACUGUGGACCAUCUCCUGGGCAUGGUGGUCCACCAGUAUGCAACCUAUGUGGUGCAGCAGCUGAUUGAGGUGGUGAACGAGUGGCAGUUCCACAUGAUCGUGGACGUGGUGAGGCGCGACAAAGACAAUUUGGUCAAGUACGCCCAUGGGAGGCAGGUCAUCGCGCAGGUCGAGAGGCUCCUCGAUGCCAUGGCACCGUCCCCCGACUCCCUUGCGGAAACAUCAUCGUCCCGGUUCGCCUAGUGUUUUUUUUAUUCUUAUGACAACAGUUUGCUUUGUAUGUCUCACUUGUUCUUCCUGGAGCAUCAGUGAUCGACAGUAAUUGAAUUAAGGUGGAAUCAGCUGCUUUUGCUUUCCCCAUUAUUAGGUGAACUCUAUUGUUUGUCUAAAGGAGAACCGAACUAUAUAUAACCUCCUCUUGUCUAAUGAUUUGUCAGGUACCCAGCCUACCAUUAUGUA